AUGAACUCCGACGAAGAUGGUCUUGGUGGCAACGAAAAAGAAGUUGGCUCUAACGUAACUGAAGCUAGUGUUUCUAAGGAAGUAUUAGUGGCAGACGAAAACGUUCCCAAUGAUGAAGAAGGUCAAGAGUCAGACUCAUAUACGGACGAAUGCGUCAUUGUUCCGAUUGAUCCUAAAAAAAGUACGGAUGGCAAGCAUAAUCAUCACAAGUCCACCUCCGAUACUCCUGGACAAAAUACGCAUGUUUAUUGCGAAUAUUGCAACAAAUACAUAACUUCAAAGGGAUAUAAAAACCAUCUCUAUACCCAAACUCACCUGACGAACGUAUCUUUACGUGAAAAGGAGGAAUAA